AUGGCAAGUACGUCACUCUUUAAAGUUGUGGUAUUGGGCGAGGCAAAUGUCGGUAAAACUUCUUUACUAACUCAGUACAUCACUAAAAAAUUUUACGAAAAAACAAAGAGCACAGUCGGUGCGGACUUUAUCACACACGAGGUAGAAGUCGACGGGCAGACUGUUGUCUUGCAAAUUUGGGAUACGGCAGGGUCUGAGCGGUUUUGUUCUCUUGGUCCCGUGUUCUUUCGUGGAGCGGAGUGUUGUGUUCUUGUGUGUGAUAUGACAAACGCGAAGUCAUUCGAAAAGAUCGACUCGUGGAAAAAAGUACUUCUCUCGAGCCUUUCCCAACAAGACGACAUCGAGUCAUUUCCAUUUGUUAUUGUUGGCAACAAAAGUGAUUGUACAGAUGAAGAAAGACAGGUGACUUUUGCGCAGCUUUCUGCGUAUGGAGGCGGGAAAUAUUCAUAUUUUGAAUGUUCAGCCAAAACGGGGUGGAAUGUGGAUACCAUUUUUAUAGAAGUUGCAAAAAUUCUCAAACAAAAAUCAAAAAUCCUUUCAAACUCACCCGAACUCAUUGAGCCUUGCAGACUCGAUGACAUAACUGAAAAGGUUGAUAAGAAGAAAAGCUGCUGUAAUUAG